CGCGUCCGGCGGAGGCGACCCAUUCGAACUUCUAUUAGAAGCUUUAUUCCGGGCUCUCAACCGUCUUCAUCACCCGUUCAUCAUGCGGGUCUCCGCGAGCCGUGUUGUCCGCGAAGCAGCAUGGCAACCUGGUGCCUUGAGGCAAAGUGCCGAUAAUUGCAAACGUUUCCGAGGGGCAGGUCUCGGCAGGUAUAAAGGCUUGGGGACCGACACUGGACGCUCUGCAUUCCUCUCACUUACCAGCCAAGACCGGGUCUUGACGUGCUUCCUUCAAGUUCUUCCGUCCUUCUUGUCGCUGGCGUACCCUUCUUUGUGAUUUUGUCGUAGUACAACCGCACCAGUCAGGUCAACACACGCAUCAUUUACACCAUGGUCUUCAUCAAGUCUUCCUUCGCGCUUGUCGCCCUCUUUUCUACUCUCGCGUUCUCCGCGCCCGUCCGCCGUGAGGUGCCUCAGGAGCACUCCCACGAGCCGAUCAUCACCAAGGUCCGUGCGAGCUUGAACCUCAACAACCCCGACAAGAUUCAGGACCCUAUCUUCGCUCUCCUCGGCAACGCUGCUGCAGCGGCUGGUGCUGGUGACAUCACCAACCUCGACUGCUUGCAGCAGGCCGUCGCCGACCAGGCGUUCACUAACGCCAAGGCUGCCGGCGACGUCGACGGCCAGGUCAACGCGCUCAUCUUCCGCGCCCUCGAGCGCAACACCGGGUCGGUCGGCCAGGCCUCCGUUCUCUGUACCGAGACGGCGAAGAACCCCGAGGUCGCUGCCAUCCAGCAGCACCAGGACCCUGCGUCGACGGGUGCGGCGGCGACGAACAAGGCGAUCGUGCUCGAGCUCGCGAAGCAGAUCGCGGCGGUCGGCGGCAACCCGCUCGACGCGCUCAAGUCCGGCACGUUCGCCCCUGGAAAGAUCGGGGACCCCACCGCCAAGGGCAACACCUGCGACGACGCCAACGACGCGAACGGCUGCAUCUUCACGCAGAACCUCCUCGUGAACGACGCUACUGAGGACGAGAUCAACCAAGCUGUUGCUGGGAUUUCCGGCAGCGGCAGUUCGUCUGCCGCUGCUACUGCUACUACUGUUGCUAGUGGUUCCGCCGCGACUUGCGCACCGCCCUCAACAGUGACUGUGACGGUCGCUGCCACGGCCACGGCUCGUCGCUGAGCCACGGCUGCCCAAGGUUGCGCUUGAUGACUAGACCUCUUGCCUCUACCACCCUGGCAUGGUGAAAUGAUAUUGCUGCACUACGGGAGGGCACCUCAUACCCCCUCCCGUCAUCGCCCAGUUGUUCUGUUGUCUUUCACAUUCUUGGUUCUUCCAUACUUUCACGUUCUUCUGGGUCCUUGUUUGCAGCAAUGUUGUAUUCUUAGCAUAGGAGCGAUUCCGUUCCAUCUUGCAUUCACCGUACCACUGGUGUUCUAGGUUGUAUCGAUACUAUACGCCCUCUUUAGCUAGCCUUUCAUUCCUUGUCGUACCCGCUCGCUAACAAAUACAAUGCGUUCAUGUCGAGCUUGAGUUUAG